UUGCUAUAAAAGAGGAGACAUCUAAGGCUUGGUUGUACAAGAGAUUGUCCCUGCAAUUGCCUUACAAUGUUCAGGCUUCUGAUACUUGCUGCCCUUGUCCUCUGCGGAUACUGUCAUGAUGAAAACGUCCGCUAUGUUGAGGACAGUGAUAAUAGCCGUGUGGUAGGAGGCACCAAUGCAGCCAAGAAUGCCUGGCCAUGGCAGGUAUCUCUGCAGUAUCUCUCUGGCAGCAGCUGGUACCACACCUGCGGAGCUUCCCUGAUCCGUGCUAACCGUGUCUUGACUGCUGCUCAUUGCGUGGACAGAGUUGUCUCCUUCCGUGUUGCCCUGGGAGACCACAACCUUAACACUAAUGAAGGAACUGAACAGUACAUCUCUGUAUCCUCAAUUAGAAAGCAUGCCAGCUGGAACACCAACAACGUCGCUGCUGGUUAUGAUAUCGCUGUCCUGUGGCUGGCCUCCAGCGCUACCCUGAACACCUCUGUGAAAGUAGCUACUCUGCCAAGUGAUGGCUACAUCCUGGCAAACAACUACAACUGCAUUGUCACCGGCUGGGGAAGAACCAGCACUGGUGGUUCCUUGGCUGCCAUCCUCCAGCAGGCCACUCUUCCCACCGUUGCUUAUGCCACCUGCUCCUUGAGCAACUGGUGGGGCAGCACUGUUAAGACCUCUAUGAUCUGUUCUGGUGGUGACGGAGUCAAGUCAUCUUGUAACGGUGAUUCUGGUGGACCCCUGAACUGUUCCAUCAAUGGAGUGUACCAAGUCCAUGGUAUUGUCAGCUUUGGAUCCUCUCUUGGAUGCAACUAUUUCCAGAAACCAUCCGUGUUCACCAGAGUGUCUGCCUACAUCUCCUGGAUCAACAGCAACAUCUAAUCAAAGAACCCUUUCUAAAGCAUUUUUGAAGAGAAACAAGCUUCCAUUUCAUCUAUGAUAUUUAAAUGAGAUCAGCUUGAUAAUAAUCAGUAAAUUUUGAGUAUAUUGUUUUUCUUUUGAUAUAUACAUAAAACACAUCCUAUUAAUAA